AUGAAGUUGCAAAGUCAGCUCCCCGCGAUUCUUGCUGCCAGCUUAAGCUCGGCAGCUCAGUUCCUUGAUGCCACCGCCAUAUCCUCGCAGUCCGUCCUUGCAUCCACUUCCGACUCGAACGCACCACACUACCGCGAUACACUUUUGGCUCUGCACAAGUCUCUUGUCGAGAUUCCUUCCGUUACGUAUAACGAGAAUGCCGUCGGGCAAUUCCUUGUCGACUACCUGACCGAUCUCGGCCUUCAAGCGGAACUGCAGUUUUUACCUCCCACGUCUUCCUCUGGCGACUCCGAAAAGCCUCGUUUCAACGUCCUCGCGUGGUUUGGAAAGACCAGGAGACCAAACCCAACGGUCUUGGUCAGCAGUCAUAUUGAUACUGUGCCGCCUUUCAUCCCAUAUUCCAUUUCCAGCGGCGACAAAGUAAAUGGCGAGACUGUCAUCAGCGGCCGUGGCAGCGUUGACGCAAAGGCUGCCGUAGCGGCUCAGAUCACGGCGUUGCUGGAUCUAAUUCAAUCGAAAGAACAUGAGGCUUUUGAUGCUUCUGAGGUAAUGCUGGUUUAUGUUGUUGAUGAAGAGAACAAGGGAGAAGGGAUGCGGUACUUUUCCGACUCGCUUGACAGUCAUGAGCCCAAACCAAAAUUCAAGGCAGGUAUCUUUGGUGAGCCGACCGAAGGCAAGCUGGCAUGCGGACACAAAGGAUUUUUGGGUUGCACCAUCAAGGCUACGGGUCAUGCAGGACAUUCUGGCUACCCAUGGCUAGGCAAGAGUGCAACUGAGGUGCUCAUGCGAGGCUUAGUUAAAGUCCUAGACAAAGAUCUGGGCAGCUCAGAACGACUGGGCAAUACAACAGUCAAUGUGGGCAGGAUUGAGGGUGGUGUCGCUUUGAAUGUUAUACCAGAGAACGCAGAGGCUCGCAUCGCUGUGCGCAUUGCAAUUGGACCGCAAGAGACUGGUGCAAAAGUAGUCGAAGGCCGGAUUCGAGAGGUUUUCACGAGCGUCGAUGAGGAGGCAUUCGACGUUAGCUGCAACAAUGGGUACGGCGCCAUCGACUGUAACUGUGAUGUCAAUGGGUUUGAAAACAUCACCGUCAAUUAUGGCACAGAUGUUGCCAAUCUGAAAGGCAACCACACAAGAUAUCUUUAUGGACCUGGAACCAUUCUAGUGGCUCAUGGACCAGACGAAGCGCUCAAGGUUAAGGACCUUGAAGCUGCGGUCGAAGGCUACAAGAAGUUGAUAUUACACGCAUUACACAGCGACGUCUAUAUCUAA